AAAUUAUUUUGAUUAGAGCACAUAUCGUGCAAUACGCGCCAAGUAUUAUGUUCUUGCAUAUUCACAACACAUUCUGAAAUAAUAUACAUUAAAAUGGCAUCGAUUGAAGCUAUUUACACCGUACUUUACUUCCUCUUGGGUGGAUGUAUUAUAUUUCCACCAACUGAAUUUGUGUCUGCAGGAUUGACAAUACAGCAUUUACUGUCAGGAUUACUUGGUAGUGAAGAGAUGAAUUUUAUUUAUUAUCACAUCAAACGGAUUACAGCAACGAUGAUAUUUCACUCUUUUCUUCCUCUUUUUUAUUUCCUAGGUCUUGCCUGGACAACUUCAAAUGUUGAAAUUAUAUUUCCACAAACAAUUAACGCAUGGUGCUUUGUAUUGGCUGUGUCAGUCAUCCUUCCAAUAACAACCUCACUGGUUGGCUUUUAUUGGUCCAGGAACAAAUGGAAUAACCAUCCACUAGCAAAGAAACUUUCCAUAUUUGGGCAGUGGAGAGCCGUAGCGUCAUCAAUUGACAUCGAAUUCCGUCGAAUAGAUAAAUACACAUCAGGUGCACACUCAAGACGUCUGAUUGCUACUGACUCUUGGAUCUUAUUAACGACAACGUAUGAUGUUCAAGUUGCUCACCAGGUGGACUCACACUUGACACUGAUCCAAACUGAGAAUCACAGCCUAAGCCACGAGGCCCAGGUUGGCGGAAUCCAGUAUCUGAACAUCUCUGUAGAGAGUAUAGAUAAUAGAGUGCCAUCAUUUAUUAUAAGAUUGAAUGCCACUGAGUACAGUGACUUAAAGGACAAACUCACAGCUCCAAUACGUCAUGCUCAGGAUGUAAUAAUUCGCCAGUCUCUUAGUGACAGAUUUUUGGCAGCAUUCAGAGAACAAGUAUCUGAGAACAGACCUUAUCCUAAACCUCCUGAUAUGGACAUUGACUCGUGUAUAGGAUGUAUGCAAGUAACUGCCAAUGUGAAGCUGCAGAAGUUAUGUGAUGAUGCAGAGACUGGUGACUGCAGACAGUGUUACUGCAGGCCGAUGUGGUGCCUGGAAUGUAUGGGCAAGUGGUUUGCCAGCAGGCAGGAUCAGACACAGCCAGAGAGGUGGAUGGCCAGUAAAUCACCUUGCCCCACAUGUAGAGCAAAGUUCUGUUUGCUGGAUGUAUGUAAUGUAAUUUAGUGGUGAAUGGAACACAUGUCUUCUAUAUGUGAAUUGACUGAUUUCAGCAUUGAACAAUUUAAUCAGGGAGCUUUGGGAAACAAAAGUUUUUGAUAUCCUGAUUUUCUUUGAUUUCUUUGAAAUUAACACAAGGUAGAAUCAGAUUUAAGGAGUAGCAUUUUAAAACAUUUGUUAAUUUCAGAAUUCUCAUAUUUAUACAGCCUGUCUUAUCUCGGUUGGGAGGGAAAAAGUGUGCCAAAAUAUUAUAUUAUGAAUGUCCACCCAGUAACAUUUAUUUCACUAUUGUAAAUUCAAUCAGUGGCCAGGGAUUUCUAGUGAACAUGAUUAGAAACUGCUUAACAUGCUCAAAAUACACUUGUAAUUCGUUGCAUAAUCAACUCAGGUUAUGGAGAUUAAUGUUGAUUGUAUGUUUAGAGUUUUGAAUCUCAACAUCAUUCAUGAAGCAAUAAUGAAGAUAUCAUUCCUCACCCAGAAACUUUCAAACUAUGAUGAUGCGAUAAAAAAAACAUGAAGAUGACAAAGGGGUUUGAC